CGGUAUAAGCAGCAAAGUGUCAGUACGAAUUCCAAGAUUGAUGAAAUUUCAACAAUUUAUCAUUAAAACUGAUGAAGAUAUGAAGAUAGUUGCAUAUAUGUACAUAUAUGUACGUCAAUAUGUGUCGUUGCACAUGACGUAGUCAUAUGAGCACAUGAAUUUAAAUACCUACGGAUAAAUAAAAAAUGUGUUAUUGUCAUUUAUAUUAAGAGAGUCAAAAUAAAAAAAAAAUUAAGAACAAAAACUGAUGUCUCAUAGAAACUUGAGAAAAAAAUAUAUUAUAAUAUAAAUGCAGUGUUCUAAACUCAUAUGCUUGUGCAUACAUUACGAGAAAUGCUCGUAGAUCAUUUGAAAUAUGCAACCCCACCAUACACUACAAUCUUUAUCUUAGGAAAGCGUUAAGUGUACAACUUGAUACAUCUGCAUUUUGAGGACCGAUUUGUGUUUAAAAUCUGAUCUAUUUCACCUACAUAGUCAUUCUCCAACAAUCAGGUAUACUUACACACUCCCUAUGAUGGGGCCGAUGGUUGGUGCUGUCAGUGCGUCUAAUCGGUUCGGUGUCCGUGAGAAAAAAGAAGGAUUGCGGGUUGCAGGAGGAUGGGUUGCUUGUCACAAAGAUUUAAAAAACAUAAUAAAGGGUUGUAUCUCGGUAAUGUACUGCUGCUGACUACCUGUUCUCGAACGUUCUAGAGCGACCAAGAAUUCUGUGCUAAUUAAUGAAUAACACGAUAAGUAUUUUUCAGAUUUACUUCAAAUUCUCGGAGAAUAUUUCUUAGAUGAUUUAAAAAGGUCAUUCCGCGUUGCAUCAUACGUUGGAACAAAUUUUAUUUCUAGUUUCAUAAUUCUGAGUACAAAUUUUUCAUAAUCGAAAAUUGUGUUAAGAAUAAUCAGUAGAACUUAAAUCAUUCAUUGUGAUACAAAACUAAACAGUGCCGUAAAAUGAUCACAAGAUUAAUAUCAAAUAUAUUGAAAUGUCUAUGUUUUAAAAUUAGAAGUCGACUACAAAAAUAUUAUAUUGUUCUGUUUAUGCUUUCGGCGUUGCUGGAUUCUACGUUUUCUUCUGAUGAUAUCGCUAGUCAUAUUAGAAAAUGCUGCAUAAAUGGUAUUCAGUAUGCGGCUAAUGAAAAAAACUGCGAACAAUACGAUUACGAAGUGAACGCGAUACCCACCCUGUGGCGUGGGCUUUGUCAUUCGACGUAUAGUGUUUGUUGUUCAAGGAAAUUGGAGGAGCGGUAUUGUGUGGCGGGACGCUUAGCUGCUUUGCGGGGUACUCGUUGCGAUGAUGAAUAUCAUACUAACGCAUUUGCAAACUGCUGUCGCGCUUGUCAGGUUGGCUUAGCUGUAAAGGCCAGUAGUAACGAAUGCAACAAUGCGCUUUUCUCAUAUUUUGCAAAAAUCGAUACAUAUCAUAUUUGCUGUGAUGGCGGCAAAACUAAUUAUAACUAUCCCGACGCUAUAACAAUUGAUGAUUAUGUGAGUAAUGAAGAAAGCGAUAAAUUGGAAACUAAAGCAAGAAAUUUUUCUAACGGCUCCGAUGAGAAGGAUCUAAUUGUUCAAGAAGAAUUGAUUGGAAAUGCUAGUGAUGGUACAAUCGUGCUGCCAGAAGAUGACGAUGAUAUCUGCGGUAAAGUGAAGAAUCUAUGCGCGCAUAUUUGUGAGAAUACAAAGGAGGCGUAUCGUUGCAAAUGCAGGGCUGGCUAUAAGCUGGAUGAGAAUGAUGUGACUUGCUCUCCUAUAAACAAUGAUACUGAUAAAGUACACAAAAAUGAAGUCAAUGUGGGGAAAGACAUAGAGGAUGUUGACGAAGACGAUGUUGGAAAUGGAGAAACACAGUCAAAACAAGGCGUAAUUGGGGAUAACCGGUCAGAAAACUUUAACAAAGUGGAUUCAAUACGUUGCGACGUUGGUUAUGAAUUUAACCAUAACAAAGGAAAAUGUCUGGAUGUUGAUGAAUGUGCUUUUAAAUUACACAACUGUAAAAACAGUCAGUAUUGCCAUAACACUAUGGGCGGUUUCCAUUGUUUGAGCGUGAAUUCCAAGAAGUGCGACCCACACAAAGAGAAAUGUGAAAAUAUCUGCAGUGCCGGUUUCCAAUAUAAAAACGAUGGCUGUAUCGAUGUUGAUGAAUGUUUAGUAGAUGAAUAUGCAUGUGAUAGCAGUCAGAUAUGCAUCAAUGACAUUGGUGGUUACCGUUGUGAUUGCAAAAUAGGUUUUAAUCUUGAUGCAACCACGAACGCAUGUGUGGAUAUAAAUGAGUGUUCUAUUAAUAACCAUAACUGCUUACCAACGCAACGAUGUGACAAUACAUACGGAUCAUAUGUCUGCGUUAGACUACAAAGCUGCGGUACCGGUUAUACACUAAAUGCCGAAACAGGCAACUGCGAUGACGAUGAUGAAUGCACAUUAGGAACGCAUAACUGUCCACUUGAGUAUGAGUGCCAUAAUACGAAAGGUUCCUUCCGUUGCUACCGUCGUACACCAACAACUGUAGCAACCACAACGAUGAAGCCGACUACUACAACUACAACGCCACCACCAGUCAGUGGUUUAUCAAAUUAUUACUACCAUAAUCGUACCUCUUAUAAUGAUCCCGGUCAAUAUACUUCUCGUCAAACACAUAGUUUUAAUUAUAUACGGGAGGAUGUGUCUCGAUACACUAGCAUUGGUGAUACCGAAAAUACUCAACUUCCACAAUGUAGCAUAGGCUUUCAUCGGAACAAUUUGGGAGCUUGCGUAGAUCUCAAUGAAUGCGUUUUAAUGAGCCCUUGCAGCUCACAUCAACGUUGCAUUAAUACAAAUGGUUCCUACCGCUGUCAAAACUUGCUACAAUGCACGGCGGGCUAUAAAUCCUCUUCAGACGGCACGCAAUGUAUAGAUAUUGACGAGUGCGAAAAUGGAGAACAUCAGUGUGCUGAGAAUCAGAUUUGUCGAAACCGAAGUGGUGGAUAUAUUUGUUCAUGUCCAUCUGGUCAUCAGCUUUUACGAGUGCGCGACGGCGUAAGCCGUUGCAUAGACAUUAAUGAAUGUGGCCAGGGGCAUCCACCCGUUUGUCCCUCGAAUGCUCUAUGUCUGAAUACCUUAGGAUCAUAUUAUUGCGAAUGCAAAUCUGGUUUCCAAAAGAGCAAAGGGAACGAACACAUUUGUUUGGAUGUUGAUGAGUGCCAGGAAAUACCGGGUCUAUGCCAACAGAAGUGUGUUAAUUAUUGGGGUGGUUACCGUUGUACUUGUAACCAAGGAUUCGAGUUAAGUGCCGACAAUCGCACAUGCAAUGAUGUAGACGAGUGCGAAGUACACAAGGCGUACAAACUCUGUAUGGGCUAUUGCAAUAAUGUUCCCGGAUCGUAUGAGUGUUCAUGUCCACGGGGAUAUGCGUUGGCUUUGGACAAAAAUACUUGUCGCGAUAUUGACGAGUGCGCAACUGGAGAAUUUUGUACGGGACGUAACGAUAUAUGCACGAAUAUACAUGGUAGUUACAAAUGUACCACUAUACAUUGUCAGUAUGGAUAUGUCAAUGAUCCGGAUCAGAAAAAUCGUUGUCGCUUGACCAACAAUCUCUGUGAGGGCGACGAAUGCUAUAGCAAACCAUCUGCUUACACUUACAAUUUCAUUACACUUGUCUCAAAACUUAUGAUACCGCCAGAAGGCAGAAUUGUGUUUACGCUUCGUGGACCUAUAUGGUAUGAUGAUAUCGACUUUGAUUUGAAAAUUAUAAACAUUCAAGCGUCGGCUAAUAUCGAAAAAGCGUCUGAUAAUCAUUUUGACACCCUUAAGAGUAAACAUGAGGUUCACUUGCAACUGACACGAUCUUUGGAAGGCCCGCAGGAUAUUGAAUUAGAACUCGGUAUGACGGUUUUCACAAAUGGUAUGCCGAGGGGAAAGAGCGUUGCCAAAAUAUUUAUUUUAGUGUCACAGUACACCUUUUAAAAUUAGAUCACAAAACAAUAUUCAUAUAAAAUACACAUACUUGUAUAUUACGUAAGAAA